AUGGUGGUGGGGCGUAGUGCCGCUUUCGCCAAACGUCGUCAAUCAUUGGGCACGCAUCUACUGGUCGGUGGAGUCGUGAAUCAGCCGCGUGAGUUUCUGUUGCCUCGGGAGAUUUCCCUCAGGGAACUUUCCUUGUUUUGUUUAUUAUGCGGACCGCAUAAUGUUCACACUUAAGUCUGUAAUUUGUUGGCAUGAUGGAUAUGUGACAACUUGUCUUUUCGUGUAUGAUAUGGUCUUUGCUACUGAGCUAAUAGCAAAAUUGGUGAUUAAGAUAGCGUUAGAGUUAGAAAUUGACUUUAUUUUGAUCUAAUUGCCGAAAGUUGGUUUUAUUUUUGUCUAACUGCCUUCAAUCGCUUUAUUUUCUAUUCAACUUAUAAAAAUUUACCAAGUUGCAUUGAAAAAAUAUUUUUUAUUUAAAUGUUAGCUAACAUGUAAUAGCUAAUGCAAAUCGCCUUUUGCGGUCACGUUUUGUGAAUAUUCGAAAAGCGAAACGUGCUUAAUGAGGCUGGAACGUGCUUGAAAUCUCCUGAAUGUCAUCAUCCUGCUCUCGACAUGGCAAUAAAUGCCGAGCAAACUGGGCAAUCUGAUGGGUGAGACGCGUUUCCGUUCAGGUCCGGGACGGUAUGUUUGUCCAAACAGGCAUUGGGCCAGGUUGAAGUCGGAAAGGCCAAAGCGGGUCUUUCCUCAUGUUCCGACCGGCCAGCUUUCGGCCGCGUCGGGCUCUCUCAACCCGGCGAUCUACGCUUUCGAACGAUCGCCGCACCCAACGACGACAUACCGUAAUCAAGGGCCUGGACGACCCGGCUUGGGAGCAGCAGAGUAAUAUUCGUACUGUAAUUGAGGAUGUUGUUUUAGGUACACGAAAGAUCAAUGCUCCGAUCAAGAAGAAGAACGUGUUGCCGCCGACUUCGUGCCAGUCGGUCGAGUCGGUUUCGCUUUCUCAGGGUUCUACGUUGCCUACGGUAAGCUGAAUCUUGUUGUUUUGUGUUUUAAGUGUCGUAUAACUAAAAGUUAAAAAUAUCGCUCAAAACGCUAGUUUAGGGAAAGUUUUAAAAUAUGAAGAUAAGAAAGUUUCUACAAAUCAGAGUCUAAUUUUGAUUAGUUGUUUGCUUAACAACUCCAAAUACUGUUUUAUUAAUAACGCACAGUACGCUCUGCUUUUUUAUAGCACGAACGUAAUUUUAAGGCCUGAAUGAGUACGUUACUUCGGCUUGAUUGCCUUAAUUUCAGACUCGCGAGUUAUGCUCGGCUUUUAGCCAACCUAGCCUUAAAUCUUCUUCAAUAAUCCCAAAAGUUGUGUUUCCUGAGAUUAUUCGUAAUUGCGCUCUUUAUCUGUUCGGCCACACUUUUGUGCCAGAAAACGCCUAUUUACGGCCACAAGCAUUUUUAUUUAGUGCCAGAGGAGGCUUUGUUUUAAAGUGAUUUAGGGUAGUUUUAAGGUUGUUAUAAAGCUAUGGACUUUUGUCAAUACUAUCGGCAUGUGUUUGCAAAGUUAUGUUAAUGUAGGUGCCAAAAAUGUGAAAAUUUUAGUGUUUGAUUGAGUACUUUCUAAAUUUUUUUAAAAAUUUUUUGAUUUUUUUAUAGUAUACUAUUUUAUACAAUUAGUGCUGACAGGCGGCUUUUUAGGGUGAUGUCAGAUCUUUUUAUUAUUUUUCUAAAACUAACAAAGGACCAAUUUUAAAUUAAUUUUUUUGGCAAUUUGAAAUUCGGUUUUUUUUAUUUUACAAAAAUUAUCACAAUGGACUGUAAAGCCCCUUAGUUUUUCUGGAAUAAAGGUUUUAGUUAUAACAUUUAACGAGUAAUAAAAUAUCUUAUUCGCAAGUUGAGGUUUAUUUUUAUUAGCCAAAAGCCUGCAGAAUUUUCGCAAACAUUUCUAUUUUUUGGAGGUUCAUAAAUGGUUUAAUCCUUUCUGUUCUUCUAAAUAUAAAUAAAGCCUACGCAAAACAGUGUCAGAAUAUUAAAACACAUCCCGGAAUUGUUUUCGGUCUUAAUCUAAUGUUAUACCAACGUGCUGUGACUAACAGAAUAUGAAACAGCGCAGAGCUAUCAUAAUGCCAAAUCUUUUCAGACGUCUGGAGCCGUGAACCGAUCGUUUGUGAAUGCGACCGAGUCUUCCGAUUCAUCGACCGGAUCGCUGAGUUCGUCGGAGGUGUUGCCGGAGGGCGUGGGGGUGGCGCGCCGAAGGUGAGUGGAGUAAACUUAUGGAGGCAGGAAGGCAGCGAAAGGUGGCCUCCGGGGGCCCGUCUGAUAUCUAGGCUUGUCCCUCACGAAAAGAACGCAUCAUUUUUCAUGACACCGGCAUCUCACAUCCGUUUCCUUCAAUCUUUGCCUCAGGGCCCAUCUUUCUUUCGCGUGCCGUCUUUAGGGGCUCGUUGACAUCUUCAAACCAUUAUUUGUAACGAUGAGAUUGUAUAGAGCAUGGUUUAAUUACUGCUUUGGCUGGGGUUUUUGCAGGGUGGUGAUUAUUGGCUGUUUUUAAUGGCAAUUGGUUGUUGUUUAGGUAAUAAUUGGUUGUUUGAUACUGUUUAUGUGACUAAUUCCCGUUUGGUCAAAAAGUACGUAGACUGUUUAACGUUUAUUUAAUUAUAUCAGUAGCAGGGACGUCGUUUGGAGGAGGCGGUAGGGGGGGGGUACCCCCUCACCCAGAGCCGAUCCGAAAAAAAUUCCACAGGAAGGUACCUGUACGUGCAAAAACGAAAAAUAAAAAUUUUUUUUCGACCUCUCUUCCCCCCAGAGAAAAUCCGUAGCGACGUCCCUGAUCAGUAGUAUGAAUGAGAACAUAGAAACAAGUACAAUGAAAUUAAAAAAUGUUUCACCGUAAUCUGGAUGCACUCUUAACGGAUUAAAAAAGUUGAAGUAAUGUCAUCUGUUAUGCCAACUUUGUUCCUUUGUUGUGAGAGCCGUGGGACUUUUGUUGGCAAGAACAUUUCGGAAUUAACUCCGGCUGGCUGUAACAGUAUCUUGUUACAAUUAGCGUUAUGGUAAUGAGGAAAGUCCGAACUUGUUUUUCGACAUUUUGCUGGUUAGGGUGCUUUUACUAUACUACUCCUUUUCGGUUUUAGGACAGUUUUUAAUAGUUUAGUUAAGAAGGGGGGUGUUGAUUUUUUGGGAGAAAUUUUUUAAAAAAAUAUUUUUUAGAAGCGUAUGUUUUAAAAGUUUUUUUACAAAAAGGGGCAAGAAUUGAAAAAGUGAUUGUCUUUUUAAACGCAUUAAUUAAGAAGGUUUGGGCUUGAUUUAAAAUUUAAAAAAUGUCAAAGUUUUUGGUUUAUUCUAAUAAUUUUAAAACAGCCAAUUCCAAAUGCAGCGCUAAGUAUUGCUUUUUAAGUUUGGUAGGAGAGGAAGAGUAUAAUCAUCACGCCUUCGAGUUGACGACCUAAUCGCUUGUCAGGAUUAGGCCCUAUUUUUGCGAGUUUUUGUAUUUUUUACUUUGCUUCCUCUAUAGUAUCAGCUGUGUGCAGCUUUUACUAGCACCUUCAGUUUUAACUGUAUCCUUUGGAUUUGUUUUGCGUUUUUGUUUUACUGUUAUCAUUUAUAUCAAUCGUUGACAAUAUGAUAUUAUUCACGAUACUCAUUAGUACCAGCUCUCUUCAGCCUUUAGCUUUGAUUCAUGUCAGCAACGGCUGCUGAGAAUGCCGCAAUUGGCCUCGUUUGGCCAAUUCCGCCAUCAUUUGUGGGGCAAUGAGGAGGACGAGGCACCGCCUAUGGCCAACGGCAACACCGUAUUCCAUGGCCUGGUCGCAUCGAUGGACUCUUCGUCGCAGGUCAUUACGGCACUGCUGCGACAACCCAGAAGGUAUUUCAGUAUAUUUGGGCUUUUAAUAUGGUGGUAUAUCUGGUCUUAUGUCUGAAAUGUUUUGUAAAAUACGAAAGGGGUAUUUUUAGUAUUUAUUACUGAUUAAAAGUCUGUAAUUAUGAGCGUCUAAAAGCGAUAAGACUUUUGCGAUACCUUAAUAUAUUCUUUAAAAAUCAUGCUAAUAUACAGGUAAGAUCACUCUUUGUUUCAAAUCUUAUACUAGUCAGAACUUAACUUAUCAUAUAUCAUCAUAACUUUGACUACCAAAGCUAUGACACCGCUCCCUCUCUGUCAACACGACGACACCAACUACGCAUGCCAACUAAUCUGGGAAUGCCAAGUUUUAAGUGUCGGGAAACCUGCUCACCCCGGAAACAAAGGCCGCCAGACAGUUUCAGAAUCCCCAAAGUUGUGGAUGUGCAGGAAGGAAGACCUUGAAAAGGCAAAGGUCGGAGGUCUUUUUUCCCAAGUUUUGAGAGCUUGGCCCCACCACCGGGACCCGGUCCUCGAGGCACAAAGAACUCGGUGGGGCGGACGAUUAUUUGGAGAGGACAAUAAGUUGGCCCUCUGUUAUUCCAUUAGUGGGCCUCGUUGACGGUGUGACCUCCCAAACUUAUUAUUACUACUGUUUUAUGACUGGCAUUGGGGAUAGUGAUAUUGGUUUUUGGUUAGGAGUGGGGGAGAUACGACUACAUUUUUAUGAGUUAUGGGUUUUUAUGUUGAGUUAGCUAAAUUUUAAAAGUUUUGGAAUUUUUUUUGAAAUUUAGCUCUAAAGUUCUAUAAGGUACGAUGGUUUUUUGAAAGAAUAGUACUAUUAAUUGUUAAAGAGCAGUACUGAUAAUUUGAAAUCAAGUUGUAUUCUUACAGCUUGUUUUAGAGCUUUUUUAAUUGCUCAGGAGUUAGAGACAGCUUUUUGUGAAAUAGUUCUGGACUAAAUUAUGUAAUGAAUCUUGAAACACUAUAGUUUUUUAAAAUUAAAAUCAGGUUUUUCAUUGUUAAAAGUAAACAUAUUAUUAAAAUUUUGAUUUUUUUGGACAAAAAUUUUAAAAAAUUUGAAAAUGUCAAGUUUCAAGGAUAUCCAUCCACCUUCCACUGCCUGCCAAAACAAAUUUUAACUCAUAAAACAUUUACUACUGUUUUAUGACCGACUACAACAACAAUUUUCGAUUACUAUAGUACUUUUCCAUUUUCAGAGUCGUGGAUGUCAGCGACCAUAAAACAUGCGCUCUGCUCAUGGCCAAGAUGAAAGAAGCCAACAAAAACAACACCACGUAA